UCACGAUCCAUCCUUGUCGUCGUCACGAGUAUUUCACCUCGUUUGGCAAUUCGGAAUUUCAUUAUUACCUGUCUGUUUCACACGCUUCAGUUUAGCCAUAUCCAACGCCCUGAAGGGUUGGCGUAAACCCUAUUGAGAAGUCACACAGUUCGAGAUCUAUCAACGUCCUUUUCUUGGCCUCGUCGAAGUUCGUUUUGACACCUGUAAACCUCGCGCGGUUUUAUCAGCACAACCUUAGGAGCUGUCUCUCUUCUCGCCUAGUCUAGCUUGCGUGUUUUACGGACGCCUUUUUGUCACGCUGAGCAUGACGUUCGUCGCAUCCAACGCGUAUCAAUCACAGUCUCGGACAGUCACACUUGAGUCAUCUCAUAAGUCUCGGACAAACACACGGACAGUACACGUUAGUCUCGACACGGUUGGCGAUUCUCGUCCUCGUUCCAUGGCUUUGGCCUCAGAACGCGUCUCAGAAACUCUCGCCAAUAGAAUCGAGUUUGCCACGUCAGUGCCAACGAGGACGAGUCAUAGACCUGCAGAGGACUCGUCAGCACUAGCCGUUAAAGAACAACGCCGCGUCGACGAUCAGUCCGCGAUGCGGUUCUCAACAGCCGCUCCCGCUCCCGCUCCCGCUGCCGCUGCCGCUGCCGCGGCUAGACGAGCUUCCCCGUCUCCAGACCCCGCGUUUGUCUCAGAUUUCUGGCCAACGUCAGAAGGGGCAAGUUUUGAAGGCGCGCAGGGUCGUCACUGGUUAGACGCGAGCUCGGAGCACAGAUUCGCAUAUGAUCCCACGGCUAAGCUUUCGGCAGCGACUAUGAACCUUUCUGGUGUAGCUCGCAGCGGCUCGCUGAAGCGCAGGAGAGAAGAGAUGAUGGGGAACGGAGCGUCGCAGCUUGCUCGGUUCACGACGGAACGGCAGGUCAUGGAGUCGGGUGAAGGCCGCGGGUUUGCCGCCUCCAGAAUUCUGGUUUCAGAGGGAAGUGUUCUUCACGGUGCGGCUUUUCCGGAGCUCCUGCCUGCAGCAGCGGCGGAAGCUGACGUGGCGUUCCCGUCGGGUCCCUACCGGGUAAGUCCUGUGUGGGAGUCGAACCCGGGACCUCUAGCAGGCUCUCUAGGAGGCUCUCUUGCAGGCGCCUUAGCGGACUCGCCGGUUUCGUACGAGGAGCAGUUCGCUGAUCCGUUAUGGCAUCAGGGACUGACGUACUCGGUUUAUCCGGCAGGCUAUAACGGGGACGGUGGGCUCUUCGCGACAUCCGCAGCGGCAGCAGCAGGAGCAGCUCCGGAACGUGCGCUGGACGACUAUAACGGGGUUGCGGCGGAUGACUACAACGGGGAUGCGGUGGACGUGCCGCGGAUCGACUCAUCGGCUCACAUCAACGAUCUGAUAGCGCAGUACUCGCGGCCAGAGGUCGUCGCAGCGGCAGAGGCGGCGGAAGCCGUGGCGGCGGCGACUCUCGUUCCUCCAUCUGACGACGCGUCCGCAUCUCGCGGAUUCUCGUUCUCCCGCCGUCAGUCGCGAUUUGACGGGCCGUUUGAUUCGGCCGGCGCUGCCGCGUGGCCGGUGGUAUCGGCGCGUCGCGGCUCCGACGGCUUUGCGCUGUCCAGACCGCGGAUGACUUCAAAUACUCCUGGAUGGAUGGUCGCGUCGCCUUACGACCGCUUUAAUCGGCUCCCUAAAGUAGCGGAGGAGUUGAACGAGCAGCGGGAUUCCGGGCUGCAGGAAAGCACGCAGCAGCACAUGGGGGAUGAGCCCAACGGCCUGUUGGAAAGUGACACGUGGCAAGUGGAGGUGCUGCGGGCAGGCAAGCGAUUGCGGACGGAUACGGCCUCGGAUAGGGCUGAUUCACGGGCAGACGAAGGAUCGCGGCCGGAGUCGGAGGAUUUAGUGAGAAGCGAGCAGCUUGAUGCGGGGAAGGACUCGGCGACAGUGAAGGCUGCUGCUAGUGGGCUGACUUGUCGUGUGUCUUCGAGCCUUGCAACGGGGAGUCUUGCAGAGGGCCUGCUUGCUGGUUGGGCCCAUGCGACGGCUGUAGCGGAGUUGCCGGCUGCAGCAGACGCAGCUGUAGCAGCUGUGGGUGAGGGAGGUGAGUCACCGGCGUCUGCUGCUGCUGCUGCAACGAUGGAUGUCACGUCAACGCCGUAUCACACGCCGCACAUGACGCCGUACCACACGCCAGAGCGCCACAUGGCCGCUGACGCGGCGGGUCUCCAGGUCUCGCAGGGAUUGGUGGACGCGUUGGCUCCAGGCACGGGCUCUCCUGCUGACGUGUCGCCUCCAGGGGCAGGGAUCGCCGAGCUGGAUUUGCUGGAGGACACGUGGCAGGUUUCUAGCAGCACUAAGCGGGCGAUGAGGGAGUGGCUUGAAACGGUAGGGGGGAGGGGGGAAGAGGGGGGAUGGGAGGGGGAAGGCGCUGGUGCGGGGGAUGAGGGGGAAGCGGAAGAGGGAACGGAUCCUUUUGAUUGGCUGCUGAAAGAGUCUCCUGCGCACGCCCACGAGGGUGUUUUACCCACCGAGGGUGUUUUACCCCAUGACGGUGUUUCAACCCACUGGGGUGUUUUACCCAACUGGGUGCUGGAGGAGUUGGAGGGGGUAGGUGAAGGGGAGGUGAUGGAAACGAAGGGUGAUUUUGAGGAUUAUACAGAGGAGGCUUUUAGCGAGGAUGAGGGCUUGCAGGUGCUGGUAAGGGCGGAUUCCCAUGAGAGCUCUACAGCUGCGCCUUCUGUGUACAGCCCGUGGUCCAGAGUGGUGGAGAGCAGUGUCAGAGGGGCAGAGAUGGGGGAGACAGAGGAGGGGAGGAAGGUGGAAGAGGAGGAGGAGGUGAGGGAAGGGAUUCCGAAGGAGGGGGAGGAGGAGGAGUGUGGGGAGGAGGCGGAUGGGGGGAAGCAGCAGCAGCAGCAGGGUGUUCCAGCAGCAUGGAUGAACGGCUGUGAUUUGAUGGAUCUGGGGCUUGAGUAUGCCGCAGCAGAGGAGUCAGAGGGAGGGUGUGGGGAAGGGGAAACUGAGGAGGAGUUUGAAGAGGUGUCUGAAGAAGCUUCUGGGAAGGGGUCAGUUUCACAUGGGGGGGAGGAAGAGGAAGAGGAGGAAGAGGAGGAGGAGGGGGUUGGAGAGUCAGCAGUGGGGAGUUUGGAUGCAAAUUGCAAUGGCACUGCUGAUGUGGAUGGUGCAGGAGAUGAUAUCGAAGGGGUCAGUUUUGAUGAAAGCAGUUUUUGCCGAGAGAUCGAGGCUCAGCUGGCUUGAGCGUUUUUGCGGCAGCGAGGCGUUGGGGUUUGCUGCUGCUUCUGCCGCCCCUGCCUCCUCUGCUGCUGCUGCUGACCCUGCUGCAGCUACAGUUCUAGUGCGCUGGCUGGUGGUGGUUUGGCCACUGAUCGGCUGACGUGAUCCUUGCGGAUGUGAUACUAACGACGUCUAACUGAAGCAGGUUCUGGUGUAGUGCAUGGCUAAUGGUAGAUGCAGGAUUUUUGGGAUGCGUUCGUCUCUUGUACAUAUUGUGAAGACUGAUGAUUCUUUAGUUUUGGAUGUAUUAGUUUCUCAUCAUUUGUCGAACAUACUCACAACACUGAAGAAUAGAACGCUAGUGCCGAGCCGAGACCAACAUCCAACCUAUACCGAAAAUAAAUCCCCCAUCCCAGCCAGGGCCUCAGAUAUCAGGAUGUUUUAUCCUGAAUUCCUGAUUUUCAGGAUGAGUAUGAGGUGCCAGACCUGAAAAAUCCGAUUAAAUGAAUUUCUGACCCUGUAAAUUCAGUAUGGUUAUCAUAUGACAACCCUGAGAACUCAGUAUAGUGUUCGUGUACCAGCCCUGACUGCUCAGUAUGAAUUCGAGGAUAACCCUGAUACCUCGAAUCUGGCUUCAGGGGGGGCGCUACGGGUGUACCCCCUGUUU